AACUCAUUUAUUAACUACUUUUUUUCAGAGACUUUUUCUAUCCCAGAAUGAAUAGAGACUUUCUUCUUGAUUUUAUCGCCGGCGGUAUUUCCGCCGCAGUCUCCAAGACUGUUGUUGCUCCUCUGGAGAGAGUUAAAAUUCUUCUCCAAAUCCAGGAUUCGCACAAGCAUAUACCUAAAGAUCAACAGUAUAAGGGACUAGUGGAUUGCUUUCAAAGGAUUCACAAGGAACAGGGUUUCCUGUCCUUCUGGCGGGGAAAUGUGGUGAAUGUUGUCAGAUACUUCCCAACCCAGGCCCUCAACUUCGCAUUCAAGGACAAGUACAAGGCGCUGUUUAUGGAUGGAGUUGAUAAAAGCCAAUUCUGGAAAUUCUUCGCCGGGAACUUGGCGGCGGGUGGAGCGGCGGGGGCAACCUCGCUUCUCAUCGUUUAUCCUCUGGAUUUUGCAAGGACCAGGCUGGGUGCUGAUGUGGGGAAAGCUGCCGCGGACCGAGAGUUUAAAGGACUUUUUGACUGUAUUGCAAAGUCAUACAAGGCUGACGGAAUGAUUCGAGGACUGUAUCCUGGUUUUCUCUCCAGUGUUCAGGGUAUCAUUAUUUACAGGGCGAUAUAUUUCGGAGCUUAUGAUACUGCCAAGAUGAUGGUUGAUAAACCAUCUAUUUUCACCAAGUUUGCAAUUGCUCAGGUUGUGGCAAUGGGAUCUGUAACUGUCUCUUAUCCGUUCGAUACUGUUCGCCGUCGUCUUAUGAUGAUGUCAGGCGAGGGGGAGAAGAUGUACAGUGGAACAAUGGACUGCUGGAAGAAGAUCUUGAAGGACGAGGGAGCGAAGGCAUUCUUUAAGGGUAACUUCACUAACGUACUGCGAUCUAUUGGCUGCGCUCUGGUCCUGGUUGGGUAUGAUGAGAUAAUCACAGUACUUAAAGCAAACUUCUAAGCUGUUUUUAUGGCAGCAAUAGCAGCAUGUACGCUCAACAUUAGAUGAGUUACCAAUAGCAUUAGAUGUUAGUAUUCUGCGAAGGAUCUUCCGAUCAAUCUGUGAUUCUUUAUUCAUUGCAUUUGUAAUGAGAUAAAAUCAGCCAAAACACCAGUCUCCAUCCGCACACGGAUCAUGAUUUUUUUAGAACAAAAAAAUAUUUUUUGUAAAAUGUUUAUACUUCAAGUUUGUUUACAGAGUACUAGCAAAACAAUAGAAAAUAUGUAUUUUCAGAAA